AUGAUGACUGCCAAUCGAGGCCACGCUGCAGCCAAAGACAUGCUACGUCUCAUCGUCGCUAAACAACUGACAAGCAUCGACGACGCCGGAUUUGCUGUGCUACUGGACGUCAUGGUUGUUGUGCUGCUGGACGAUGUGACAGUCGAAGGCGACAGCUGGCUAGUUGCGAGAGCGUCGUCCUUUGCCUCAGCAGCAAAGAAAGCGGUACCGUCGUUCGUGCUAACCUCACUGGAUUUCCAGUUAGCGUAUUCGUUCUUCAGCAAAGUAGUGGUGGAAUUCCCCUAA